AGCAGGAAAGGCGCCUUUUGGUGGCGGUGGGAGGAAAGUAAGUAGAUAGAGUAAUAGCAACGUUUCCAAAACUGCCCCUUCGUCUUAAAGUCUUAUGCUUUCUCCCUCACACUCGCAAACAUGGACAAGAAAGCUAAACCUAGACGGAAUUCAGAGAAACGGAGAGAAAAGUCCCGUGAUGCAGCUCGACAACGGCGUAACCAGGAGACCCACAUAUUCACAGAGCUUGCCGACACACUUCCUUUGGCCAAAGGGAAGACACGUCAGCUGGACAAGGCGUCCAUCAUGAGGCUGACACUGUGCUUAAUGAAGCAACACGAAAUACGACUGAGCGUGCAAGACACACGGCAGACUGACCAAGCAGAGAACUUCAACUUUGAUAACAACCGAAGCAUCACCAAUGAUGACCAGACUGAGGCAGAGGCCAUCAGCGAGAGUCGGUCAUUUUCACCAAAGAACAGCCCAAGAACAGCUGAAGACAAUGAUCAGCCAACCAGAACAGAAAAUCACAGUCCGAGCAGCAGCAGCGUGGAUGAUGACAGCCUGGACGAGGCUGUUGUGGCCCAGCUGUAUGCGAGGGCCCUGGAUGGGUUUGUCAUUAUCCUGUCACGUGAUGGGGAAAUUGUUGAUGUGUCCGAGCAUGUUGGCAAAUACUUAGGUAUCCAGCAGAUUGACCUUCUUGGACAAAAUAUCUACGAGUACAUUCACCCAUGUGACCACGAACAACUACGAAGUGAGCUGGGUCCAUCCCGGGCCCAUCGUACAGCUGGAGUUGACACUUGGCCUUCCCCGCGGCAAGUGUUCUCACUUCGUGUGAAGUCUACAUUGACAGCAAAGGGGCGCAACAUCAACCUGAAAUCUGCAUCAUAUAAGGUCAUCAAGUUCAGUGGUCAACUUUUGUGCCCUACUGGAGAUACCAACAUCUUCCAAUCCUCAUCAGCUACGUCUCCUGCAUCAUCAUCCUCCUCCUCUACAUCAUCAUCCACUUUGUGUUUACCAUGUUCAUCCUCUUCACCUUUAGACAAAGCCUCUCUCCAGAAGAAACUAGCGAAGCAUGUAGCAGCCAGCACUGAUGCUGACAAUGAUAGUGAUGGUGAGGAUGAUGAUGAUGAUGAUGUUGUUGUCAUCGAGAAGAAGGAAUUUAAGUCCGAAGCAAAUGAUGACGAGGAGUACAGUGGACAGGAGAUAAAGGCGGAGAAACUCGUUGCUGACAAAGGUGACAGCAGCAGAGGAGGAAGAGGAAGUUCCCUUCAUCAUGUACAUCAUCCAAACAAACACAGCCCCCACCAACACCUUCACCACACCUCAUCUUCAUUACAUCAUCAACAGUCAUCGUCAUUAGCAACGUCACCUGUAACAAUCAAAGAAGAAGCAGAGAAUGGAAGCUUUACAGGUGAAGCCCAGGCUGCAGGCGACAGUCUUUCGCAUCUCCUUAAGCUUCCGCUUCAUCAACAUCCUCCAACUAAUGAGAAUAAUAAUAAUAAUAAAAAUGAUGAUGAUAGUAAUAAGAUGGCUGAACAUGCAGAUGGCGAGGGUGGGGAUACUGGAAGUCAUCAUGUGUGUCGUUUCCGUGACAACCUGAAGCAGAAACAGGAUAAUGAUGACGAGGCUAAAUCGGGUGACUCCAGUGAUGACACUGCUAAAACAUUGUCCCCGUGUGCCACACCUGCAAACCGUAGCAGGCACGUCAGUGGCAACAGCUCUGAUAACAGCAGUGCCGAGAGCGGAAAGCCAAGGCCAGGUGCUGCUUACUUUGUGGCUUUCGGUGAACCGAUUCCUCAUCCUUCUAAUAUUGAGGUACCACUUGGUUCCCAGACUUUCCUCAGCCAACACAGCAUGGAUAUGAGGUUCACUAUAUGGGAUGAAAAAAUCAAAGAAUUGGUUGGCUAUUCUUCUGAAGACAUCAUUGGACAUUCCAUAUAUGAAUAUUAUCAUGGAUUGGAUGCUGAGAUGGUUGGCCAAGCGUUUAAGGAGUUAAUGACAAAAGGACAGAUCACCACUGGACAAUACAGAUUUCUGGCCAAGCAGGGUGGUCAUGUCUGGCUGACCACUCAAGCAACUGUCAUUUAUGACAACCGGACACAGAAACCACUCUAUGUUGUCUGCGUCCACAGUGUCCUUAGUGAGAUUGAAAACCAGCAUGAGAUCCUCUCCCUAGUACAGCAGCCAUUGUCUCCUCAACCCCAGCCACAAACCCCAUCAGCAAAACAGUCUUCUUCACAUCCACAAAUGGAAGAUUUCCUCCACACAAACAACAGCAAACAUACAAAGGACCACAGUGUCACAUCAUUAUCAUCGACUUCUGCAACAAAGAAAAUAUCCAUGGAUCGUACUCAGUCGUACUCUCUUCUUGUUGCUCCAAAGGUCGCAACUUCAGAAGCUGAAAGCCAGUUGUUGGUGAAGUGUAAGAAAGAAAAUGUGGAUAACCUCAAUGGUGGUGGUCAUGACGAUACCAAGAGGGGCAAGGACGGUAGACCCUUGUCAUCGUUAACCUGCAAAAUAUCUAAAUUGACUCCAACCCUUUCAUCAAGCUCGUCCUCUUCUCACAAGUUUGUCCUCUCCAAGCUUGGUGACCUGGUCAGUCAGCGUGAGGCAUGUCCAAAGUCAUGUGACAGCAGGUUUUAUAGCCACAAGGACAAACACAGCAUUGGACAUGGUUUUGGUGGUAAGAAGGAAGACAGAGAGCAACAAGCGGAGCAAAGAAACACAAAAAAGUUCAAGAGAAAGGCAACAAACAAUGAAGAGGAGGAGAGAGGGAGUCACAACAACAGUAAUAUGGAGAGCAGUGGUUACAGAGGUGAGAAGGCAUUGGUGAAGGAAGAAAAUGGCAUCAUAAGCUGUAAAGAUGGUGCUGUCUCUGAUGAAUACAAGGAUGAAGAAGACAGCAGCAAGUUGAAGUGGAGGAAAAGAGGAGCGAAACAUGAAGACGGUGUUGUGGUGAAUGUCUUUGACAAUGGCAUCGGAGCCGAAAUGGAUGUCGAUGAGACAGAUGAUGAUUGCAUUAUUGAUGAUAGUCAAGUGAAAGAGCCAGGUGAAAGAGAAAUGGACGAGAGCCGGAGGAUGGAGAGGGGGUAUAGCAAUGAAGUUGUGAUGGCAGAGGUCAUAAUGGCCAAUGAUUUUGAUACUGGAACAAAUUACAGCAGUAUAGAGGUUUCCGAAAACGGAGAGAGAACAGUUCCUGUAAAGAUGAUUGAUGGCAGAGUAGAAGAGAAUGAAGAGGACGAGAAUACAAUUGAAAUGAAGGUGGAUGAUAGAGAUAAGAGGUUUGACAUUGGCAUCAGAGAUUAUAGAAAUCAAGUAAAUGGCAACUAUGAGGAAGACAGUGAAAUGACGAUAUUGGAAAUGUCAGCCUCCAAGCAAAAGGCAGAGUCUAAUAGAGAGAGGAAGAUAAAGAAGAUGAUGAAAGAUGAUCUGAAGGACAAUGAUCCGACAAGGAUGAGCGGGUCAGCACUGUUGCCAGGAAUCUCCAAGAAGAAAAAGCGAAUGACAACAAAGACAGUUGAGUUUAUGAAGACAGCAUCUCAAGAGAGCCAAGUGUUCAGCCCUCAUUCACUCGGGUACGCAUUAGCAUCUCCUGACUUCACUGCUGCCCCACCUGCUCUUAUUCGCGAUGAUGAUGGUGAUGUUUGUGACACUGUCGUCGUGGCAUCGACUGAGGAGUCGCAGCAUCGUUCUCCGCAAUCGGUUGGUAUUGCUAGCAAUGAGACCUGUGACAACAGAAGACUCAAUAACCUCGGCCAGAGCUGCCAGCCAGGGCAGAGCCAGUGUAACCACUACAGCAGUCCUGGUCCUCUGCUGAACACGGAGAAGAUCUUUGCACCCCGGACAAAGGACAUGGAUGAAAACCUCUACAUCAACAAAAAUAGCACAAACAUAGCAACAAUACCAACAUCGCUCCUCAGUGAAGCGAACAACAAUGGUAACAACACCACUUCUCCUCAUGACCCUGCAGUCACGGGUUCUGAUGGCAGUGGUGGACCCGGCAGCACCAAUGUUACCAAUAUGUUGAUUGAUGACUUGGUUUCUCCAACCACAACGCUGCUCCUUGAGGAACAAGGGGACACUUCAUCGACAGCUGACUGUAUGAAUGCAUUUGACGAUUUGACAUUUCGGGCACCAAGCGCAGGUGAUGUGUGUAUAGAUCUGUCAGUACCUUCCAGUUUUGAAACAGCAUUCAAGGUCCCAACACUUGAUGCUGACGAGGCAUAUAUGAACGAAGUCAGUAUGACAGAGAUAUGUGAUAACAAACCAAAGUGUUUACCAGUUCCAGAUUUGUCUCCUCAGUUACAAGAUUUCAGCAUAGAAGAGACGGAAUACGACAUUCUUCAGGCCACCCUGUCCUCACCAAAUGAAGGGAGUUUGUUGCUGAGCCCAGACAUUGGAGAUAUGCUGUAUUCUAAAGACAUCUUGAGUCUUGCAAACAAAACAGAAGCCUGUCUGGACAAAGGGUUUAUGCAAACACCUCCUUUCAACAACAGCCCAUCACUACAAAAAUCCCCGUCACCAGCGAUGUUAGUUAACCCUAACCCUAACCUCCAAGGAGGUGGUGAAAGGCUCUUGAGCAAGGUUGUCCUCAAUGGGAGUUCACCAGAACCACCCUUACAGCAACAAGUGUUACUCACAGAGCAGCUGAGGACAAUGAAGUCGAAUAUGAACUACAACCCAACUCGAAAAGCAGAGGAGCUUCAGCAAAUAUUUGCUCUCAACAAGGAAGGGUCACUAACGGAACCCCCUAUAGCUCCAAAUUUGUCACCACCCACCUCUAAAUUGCCACCAGAAAAAUUACAGAAAUACAUUUCCGCUUUUGAGGGGACCCCAGGGAUUUCACUGUCAGAAAAAGAAAUUUCACAAUUACUAGAGACAGCAAGUCCCCAAGUGCUGAUACCAAACCCUAAUCAAACUCUUCUGCAGAUUGGCAAGGAGCUACCAAUCCAACCAGUCACUACAAAACUUAAAGGUCCAACCCCAGGGAAAGUCCGCAGACUCGAGUCGAUAAUCAUGCCAGAAGACACCCAAUUUCAAGGAAGAGGUGAUGGUGGCGGUGGUACUGUCCAGCAAGGAUUUAGUUGGAAUACAGCACAGACACGACAACUGAUCAGUGAAUAUGGAUCCAACAACAACAACAAGGACAGUGUUUUGCGGAACCUUCUGGUCAGUGGAGAAGACCGUAACAAUGGUUACUUUGUCAACCAACAUAUGGGAAUACCUUAUCUGCCGACACAAACUCCAGCAGAAUCCCUCCCCAAAUUGGACAACUCGUUUUUCACAGGCAGAAGACAAACCACCCAGAACCCAAUCAGUGUCAACACGGCCAUCACAGCAGCGAAUCCCCAUGGCAACAACAAUGGUUCUUCCAUGUCAACCAAUCAACCUGAAGAGCAGGAUUGGGCAUGGUGGUGGGCCCUCAACACAACAGUCACGUCCCCUACAUUAACUGGUCCCAGUUCUGUCAUUACCACCAGUUCGUGCAGCAACAACAACAUCAGAGUUUCAAAUUCUAUGAAGGGCACCACAACCAACAUUACUUCUCCCAUGGUACAAGGGAGUCCGAGCCCACCCUACGAUAAGCGAGCGCUGUUUGGUGAAGACCUUGUUGGAGUUGGUCAGCUGGAUCAGAGAGAACUGAAUGCUGCCACCAGAGUUUCAAAUCCAGUUAAGAGCACUCUUAUCCCCACGGUCGGGGGCUGCCUCUUGCCUAAUUCUCUACAAUCAGACUCCUCCAAUGACAUCCAAGCCCUGUAUGGUGAGAGGCUUCCCCAAGCAAAAGGGAACCCCAGCUUUGAUGUAUCUCAUUCUGUUGAGAAUCCCACCAGGGUCGCUGCCACCAGUAGUAGUAGUAAUAGUAGCAGUAGUAGUAGUACUCGUCGUAUGUCAUCAUUUCUCUUUGAUGACUGCCGAGCACUGUUUGGUGUGGAUCACCUCCCUGGAGGACAAAACGAUCAGGCACUGUCAAACACGAUGACCAAGGGUUCAAAUUUAGCUGAGGGCACCAGCGCAGUCAACAACACGACUGGCCUUUCUAAUGCCUUGCCUGAUGCCAGGUCAUCAAGUUCAUCCUUUGAUAUCCGAACACUGUUCGGGGUUGAUCUCAUUCCUGCUGGACAGCUGAAUAGGGUUUCAAAUUCACAUGAAGGCACACCACCACCAUCACCGACCACCACUACUACUACUACUACUAACACUACUACUACUACUAAUGACAGCAAUGAGGAGGAGAAUGUUUGGCAAGUUGUUGCUAAAAGAACAUUCUCCGUCAAUAGCUGUGCCACUGACUCCCCUCGUGACGCAAAAACAGGCGACCACUUUGAGUACAAUGAUAAUGACGAUCAUCUUCUGGUUUCCAAUGGCGAUAAACUAUCCCUGCAAAGGAAUGGCAGCAACAGCAUGGCCACUGAAUCUCUUCCUAUGUCACCAGCAGACGUUUCUGCGAUGCAGAACAACAAUCUGAAAUUCAGAGCCAAAAUUCCUAAACACCAGAAUUUAAUGAGGCCGUAUACAUUCACCACAGACUUGGCUGCAGCCUCCAAGUGGCUCCCACGCCUCACGCAGACUGACUGUGAAGUGAAUGCUCCAGUCUGGUCGGGCGAUCGUCUGCUUAAUGGCACAGAGUUGUUGAGGGCGUUGGAUACGGAAAAUAUCUUUUGAUAUUCACUUAUACUCAUGUAGUGUAAAUUUAGAGACUUUUAUAUAACCCGUGUAUAUAUAUGUAUGUAUGAAUAUAUAUAUACACACACACACACACACACAAAUAUAUAUACGAAUACAUAUAUAUUUAUACACUUACAGAGACAAUCAAAUGAAUAUAUAUAUAUAUAAAAACAUACAUGCAUACACUUACGUUUCAAGCGCAAAUUUAAUGUGGCGUAUACAUAUGAACAUGCACACACACAUACAAAUGUGUGUGUGUGUGUGAGAGAGAGUUUGUAUACGCAUUGAUAGUAUCCUUGUAUAUUGCUCAGCUAAAAUACACUUCUACCGCCACAUUACACACACAUACACGCAUAAAUAUAUAUAUUCAUAUAUAUAUAGAAUACAAUAUAUUACAAAUAUAGCCAUAUAUCUAUUUUUCU